AUGGAUAUCGACGAACCAAACGGGAACGGAGAGCCUUCUGGCACUUCGCGCUUCGCGGAUGUCAAGCUCUCUGUUGACGCGUACACACUCGAUGCGGCGUCGGGGAAGCGGCGGUUACGGGAUAUCGAGGCGGAUGGCAACCUUGUCUUCGAGGAACCUAAACCUCCUCGAACCAAGGCGACCGAGGAGCUACACCGCGUCUGGAACUUGUAUCCUGGCGGGAUGCCCGAGCUCCGUGAGGCGGAUCUGCUCGCCGCAGACCCCUCAACCGAAUACAAGGAGGAGGUGAAGGAAGAGGAGAAGGCUGGUGACUCGCGUGAGGCAGGUACGCUGAUGAGCCCGGAGGAGAUGGAGGAUCUGCGCUCAGCUGUCGUGUUAGACUUGAACAGCGCGCGCAACGAGCUGUGGUGGGUCUUGGAGCUGGCCAAGGCGCUCGCUAGCAGCGCUAGUUUUGCUGCCGACCCGCCUCCUGAACCCAUCUCUGCACCUGGUCUACAGCGGAAGAAGGCACUGCCACCCAAGCCAGCAGCAGUUCCGAUCAUGACCCCUGCCCCAGGCGCUAAGACCGACGACGUGCCUCCCGUCUUACCUCCCGGAACGUACACGUCGACGCCCGCAGCGGCCCCCGAACGACCAGCCGCCGUUGUGGCACACGAGCUCGAGCUCGCGCUUUCCGCCAAGGCAGCAGCCCUGGACGAGUGCGCGGCGUUAAUUGACGCGGCUGUCGACGAGCUGCGCCUCAUGAACGACACCGGAGAACGGUGGUCAGCUGAGAUCCGCGCUCUCCGCCUCGGCGAGGGUGGGAAGGGGCAGUGGGCCGUAGUUCCUAAGCCCGAUUUCGGGCGAACAGGCGAGAGCGCAAAGGACGUCGUUAUCCCGUACGCGCUUGACGAGGCGCCGUCGAGCGUGCAUGCGCGGUCGAUGGCCGCGUUUGACUUAGACCCGCGGAAGGACGACCUGGCCUUCGGCGCGCGCUCGUACUACCGCCUUCGUGUAGUUUUUCGCACAGGAGGCACAGGCGGGCCGCAGACUGCUAGUCUCGCAUACAACUCUAACAGUGAAUCCGGGACAGCAGCCGAGGCUCUCGCCGCCGCGCAACUCGAGACAGUCGACGAGGAGUUAUUCAAUGAGUUACGCGUCGAGGCACAGCGCCUCGACGUCGCCCUGGUUGAGCCGCAGAACAUCUCGAUUCGUGUAGGAAAGGACAAGCUCUCCUUCCAGUUGUACGACUCGCGUGCACCACCAGACGACUUGCCGACAACAGCACGCUGUGACGCACUUCUCGCCGGCGCUCGCCUCGGCCUGCUUCACAAAUAUCAGCGGCGGAAGCAGAAGCUGAUUGACAAUCCCCUCGUGCCGAGCCAGAGCAUCCUGUUCCCGCUUGUGAACGUGCUUCAGUUCGCUGCGGCCUGCCGCACCGUCGGGCCCAUGCUGCGCGGCUUCGAGGACGCACUCAAGAGCGCAGGCCGCCGAGCCAAGCUCGUUGAGCGGUACUCGGCGUGCGAGGGGCCCGACGCGGUGGUGAGGUUGCUCGCCGCGCGGUCCAAAGUCGAUGUUCUCGGCGCUGUGUAUACGCUGGAGAUUGAGGACUGUCCUGGACUGACUGUAACCGUCACUGCACCGGCCGUGCUAAGCGUCACGACCCCCCGAGCGACCUUCCCCAUGCGUGAUUUGGAGGGGCUGGCGCCGUUAGCCGCCGACGCGAUUAGCGCGCAGCUGAGCUCCCUUGCUUUCCCAAGUGUGCGGGACGGUGCGGGCGGCGAGGGUGCCGUGUUCUUUGACGAGCUCGACGAGGUCGUCAUUGCUGGCGCGUUCGGGCCAUUGUCAAUCACGCUGCCGGCUCCGUAUGACCGCGUAUGUGCGUCCGUCGAGGGUACGAGUGUGGCGGCGUACGAUUCUGCCGAGGCGGCGCAGAGCCUGGAGGAGUGGCUGUGUGACUUGGGGCGCGCUGCCGUGACUGAGCAAUGA